AUGGGCACUGUACUAGCCUUCCCCCAGACACUGAAGGAUGCCAGUGACAAUGCCCGCAAGGACUUCCACCGUGAGGCUGAGCUGCUAACUAACCUGCAACACGAGCACAUCGUCAAGUUCUAUGGUGUUUGUGUUGAGGGUGAUCCACUCAUCAUGGUCUUUGAAUAUAUGAAACAUGGAGAUCUUAACAAAUUUCUCAGGGCACAUGGACCAGAUGCAGUACUGAUGGCAGAGGGCAACCGUCCUGCUGAGCUGACCCAAUCCCAGAUGCUUCACAUUGCCCAGCAGAUUGCAGCUGGUAUGGUUUACCUGGCGUCACAGCACUUCGUGCAUCGGGAUCUUGCUACCCGGAAUUGUCUGGUUGGUGAGAACCUGCUGGUGAAGAUUGGAGAUUUUGGGAUGUCUAGAGAUGUGUACAGCACGGACUACUAUAGGUUUAUGUAAACCAAUUGUGGCCCAGAGAAAAUGAAAACCAGAAAACGUCAUCAAGACUGAAGAAAAGAAAGAAAAUAAGCAAAGGACCUUGCCAUUGCCUUGUUUAUUAGCGUCUGGGGGAGAAGGGGAGGGGCUAUCUAACAAAAGAACUGGAAUAUCUGAGACAUUUCAACUAAAAAUUGUGGUGCUUCCAUGCACUGUACAUUAUAGAUAAACUUUUGUGACUCAUAAGGGAGAAGUAAACCUAUAAACCUCUGUUGCUCCCCUCUUUUCCUGUGAUGUAAUUUGACAUGACCAAUAGAGCCAGACGUGCUAUGUUAACCUACAGUAAAUCU